AGAACAUGGCGUAUUGUCAUUUCGACACUCAUGAGUACAACAACGUUUUAUUAUCUCGCUCGCUGAUAAUAAUAUAAAAAGGCGGGAGAGUGGUAUUUAUGUUAAAAUCAUGUUACCGUUAUCGUUAUUAAGAACUGCACAAAAUCAUCCUAUGCUUGUAGAAUUAAAAAAUGGGGAAACUUACAAUGGCCAUUUAGUUAGUUGUGACAAUUGGAUGAAUAUUAAUCUUAGAGAAGUUAUUUGUACGUCAAGGGAUGGCGACAAAUUUUGGAGAAUGCCAGAAUGUUAUAUUCGUGGUAGUACUAUUAAAUAUCUUAGAAUACCAGAUGAAGUAAUAGAUAUGGUUAAAGAAGAUGUACAAAUGAAAUCAAGAGGUCGUGGUGAAAUGAAAGGGAGAGGACAAAAUCAAAGAGGAAGAGGUGGUGGUAGAGGUACUUUUGGGCGUGGUGGUAGAGGUUCAGCACCAUUAGGUCGGGGAAGUGGUAAUCAAGGAGGAAACAAAGCUCAAAAUAAACCACGUAUUAAAUAAUAAUAAUUAAUUUCUUUUCUUA